GUCCCUCACAAUAUUGUUACCUGAAGGAGAGAGAGGAGGCUGGAGAGGCUGAAUUAACGAGAAUUUGUUCAGAAGACAAAACUGGAUUAUCCUUGUGAAAGAGAAGAUUCAAUGAUGGAGACUAUCCAUAUUAAAGAGGAGAGUCCUGUACUAGAAUCAGUCCAUAUUAAAGAGGAGAGUCCUGUACUAGAAUCAGUCCAUAUUAAAGAGGAGAGUCCUGUACUAGAAUCAGUCCAUAUUAAAGAGGAGAGUCCUGUACUAGAAUCAGUCCAUAUCAAAGAGGAGAGUCCAGUACUAGAAUCAGUCCAUAUUAAAGAGGAGAGUCCUGUACUAGAAUCAGUCCAUAUCAAAGAGGAGAGUCCUGAACUAGAAUCAGUCCAUAUUAAAAAGGUUAUUCUCAAUUAUAACCCCUUAAGCAGCUUGCAGGGCUCUCUUAGCUGUGUUGACUGUGGGAAGAGGUUCAGUCUGUCAAGCGCUUUGAAAAGACACCAGAAAAUCCACACUGGAGAGAAACCAUAUACCUGUGCUGACUGUGGGAAGAGUUUCAUACACUCCCAAAGCCUGAAACUUCACCAACAAAUCCACACUGGAGAGAAACCACAUGUCUGUGCUGACUGUGGGAAGAGCUUCAUACACUCACAAAACCUGAAACUUCACCAACAAGUCCAUACUGGAGAGAAACCACAUGUCUGUGCAGACUGUGGGAAGAGUUUCAGUCAGUCAAGCGCUUUGAAAAGACACCAGCGAAUCCACACAGGAGAGAAACCAUAUGUCUGUGCUGACUGUGGGAAGAGUUUCAAUCAGUCAGGCUAUUUGACAAAACACCAGCGAAUUCACAUUGGAGAGAAACCAUAUGUUUGUGCUGAGUGUGGUAAAAGUUUCAAUCAUUCAAGCACAUUGAAAAGACACCAGCGAAUCCACACUGGAGAGAAUCAAUAUGUGUGUGCUGACUGUGGGAAGAGUUUCAGUGGGUCAAGCACAUUGCAAAGACACCAGCGAAUCCACACAGGAGAGAAACCUUAUAUCUGUACUGACUGUGGGAAGAGUUUCAAUCAGUCAGGGUAUUUGACAAAACACAGGCGAACCCACAGAGGAGAGAAACCAUAUGUCUGUGCUGAGUGUGGUAAAAGUUUUACUCAGUUACACACCCUGAAACUUCACCAGCGAAUCCACACAGGAGAGAAACCACAUGUCUGUGCUGACUGUGGGAAGAGUUUCAAUCAGUUAAGCAUAUUGAAAAGACACCAGCGAACCCACACAGGAGAGAAACCAUAUGUCUGUGCUGAGUGUGGGAAGAGUUACAGAGAUUUACAAAACCUGAAACUUCACCAGAGAAUUCACACAGGAGAAAAACUGCAUCCAUGUAGUAGAUGUGGGAAGAGUUUCAGUCAGUUAGCAUAUCUGAAAACCCACCAGUUAAUUCACACAGGAGAGAAACCACAUCGCUGUAAUGACUGUGGGAAGAGUUUCAGACAGUCAAGCAACUUAAAAAUGCACCAACGAAUCCACACUGGAGAGAAACAACAUGUCUGUGCUGAUUGUGGGAAGAGUUUCAGGAUGUUACAAACCUUGAAACUUCACCGGCGACUCCACACUGGAGAGAAACCACAUCACUGUAAUGACUGUGGGAAGAGUUUCAGAUGGAUGUACAGCUUGACAACGCACCGGCUAUUCCACACAGGAGAGAAUCCUUAUCACUGCACUCACUGUGGGAAGUCUUUUAAUGCUUCCAGUUCUCUUAAAAGACACAAAUGCACGUUGUGAAAAUUUAGGCAGAAUGUGAGUGUGUGUUCAUUCACCCACACUCAGAAAUUCGUCUUUUUCAACAGCAGCUUAAUAUAAAAACUGUGAGAAUUCUGGUGAAUGUCUACAGACGACGCAGAUCCCUCAAUAUUAAACACUGCUCUAAAGCCUUUACAUUAUAAAGUACAUUCUUAGUAUGGUGAAUGUUUACAGAUGAUACAGAUUUAUUGAUAUUAAACAGUUAUCUGAAGCCGUUACAUUAUAAAGUACAUUGUUAGUAUGCAAUCCAUUGAAUAUACAGACGCCUCGCAGUGUUGUGUGAUACGAGGCAAAGCCGAGUGCCUCCAACCCCUGAGAAGUCUGUAUAUUCAACAUAUACUGUGUGGGAGAAAUUCAUAGUUGUAAUUGAAUGGUCUUUGUAAAAUGACAUUUCAAAUCUUAAACUGUGAGGCUUAAGAUGCUGUGAUGUUAAUUAACCCUUUGUGGUCCAUUGUCGGACCUGGUCCGACAUCAUUAUUGAAACGCAAAAAACGGGUUUCUAGUCGUUUUUUCUCCGGAAAAAGCCAAGAAAACCAUUCAAUGGCCGAGUGGGAACGACAGGAGCCGAGACAAGUCGAAAAAAAAAAAAGGCGUAUCUGAUGAUUAGCCCUGGUAUCACAUAACGGGGCUGUCAUAAGUAAACAAGUUGGCUGAUAGUGAGUCCCCGCACAGAGAACACGGACAUUUACAGAGCUUUUUUGAGUUGUUAUAGUAAUAAAAUAAUGACUUGGAUCGCAUUAUUGAGGAGUUUGGUGAUAAAACGAGUGAUCAGGAGAUGAUUGAUCGGUAUGUACGACUAUUAUUAUUAUUAUUAUUAUGUAUUUCUUACAUAGGUGAAAGCUAUAGUGAACGAAAGGGUGGGGCGAGGCUGGAGAUGCCUAUAAAGGGUUAAGAAGUGCGACACCUGGUGGAUACGAGGUGCCACGACGUUACCCAUUAUAUGAAUUGUUACCAUGAAACAUGGAAUGUUUAAGUGAAUAGAAAUUCCUAAUUUCCUUAUUUUGAAAGUGAAUUGAUAAACAAACCUUUACGAGGGUGUAAUAUUAACUUGUUCAGCAAUCUCUGGGUUUUAGAUUUACUGAAACUAUCAGAUUGAAACGUAACAAAUAAGUAAUAACAUACCUGAUUUAAAUAGGUUUUAGAAUCAUUCUAAUAAAGAAUGUGGUUUCCCAAUAUAUUGAAAUGUUUAUUGUGUUUUAAUGAAGUUUAAAUUGAAAGUAAUUCUUACAUUAUUUUACUUUAAUUAUUGUAUAACAUGUUUAACAUUUUUAUCCUUAUAUGAUCAAUUUAACUAGCUGUCACAAAAUGAAGUUUUGUUCUAUAAAUGUUACGAAUCCUGUUAUCUCUCUCUCUCUCUCUCUCUCCAUGGAGGAGAGUCGCACAUUGCUUGUGUAAAAGGAAGCGUCAUGCAAACUGUAAGCCAAUGAAAGGACUGAUUUCGGUCAGGGAUUAGCUUCCUGUUUUACCCGGAAGUGAUUGGAUCACCAAAGUAAACUCCUCUUUGGGCGCUAUAUUUAAAUCAAAACAUGCAUGAACUCGUUCUCUUGGAUUCAGACUCAUCUCGCCAUGAAGUAACCAUUGAGCCUUCGCUUGCAAUGGGGACCCAUUCAAGCAUCGUACGUAUCUUCAUCCUGAAGAAGACUCCUCACCGCUACACCCUUUGUUUUUCAACAAGAACCUCAUCUCCAGAAUAAGUACUACAUUUGAAAGACAUUAAGAUUUAGUAAAAUACUGUGUUUGUGUAGAAAAAUCUACAUGCAAACCACAAGUAAAAACAUUGAAUACAGAGUAACACUUUGUGAGAUUAAAAAUACAAACAAUUCUACUCUGAACAAUUGAAAGAUGAUUAGACUUUAACUGAACUGGUGCUAUUGUGUGCAUUUGAAAACAAUGUGAACGUCUGAACCGUUUAAACAUUGAGUGAGUUUAUCUACAAGUUCUGAAGUAACUCUAGAUUACAGCUUCAUACUAAAUGCAAUUGAAGCUGCUUCCGAACUGAUCUUGUUGAAACAAAAAUGGCGUCUUCAUUCGAACCCACACAACAGACGCUGCUUCACCCCGUCACUGUGUGUAAUGUGCGUGAGUCCUGCGUGUGCGUGUACGGAAACACACGGAGGACAGCGUGCUCAUGAAAAUAUGUGUUUCCAUGUUUGAUUCCUGCUUGUGUACUUAUAAUUCUGAUACCAUGAUAUAUAACGUCUAUAUCCUUCUUACUUUUGUGAGCCUUAAUAAAUGUAAUCAUUUUCA